GGGCGCUUUCGGAUUGCAUCAGCUGGUCCCUUCCGAGGCACGUGGCUCCUGCGCAGUGUUCCCGGGAGCCCCAGCCCACCUCUGACCCGCUGGCGCUCUCCUCUCCUCCAGACCAUCGCUUUUGAGUUCUGAAUUGUCUUCGUGGUUCUCCGAUGUCCGAGAAGGCCAGCAGUCCUUCAGGGAAGAUGGGAGGCGAGGAGAAGCCGGUAGGUGCCGGUGAAGAGAAGCGAAAGGAAGAAGGCAAGAAGAAGGGCAAGGAAGGGUCUGGAGACAGCGGUCGAGCGGAGUUGAACCCUUGGCCUGAAUAUAUUAACACGCGUCUCGAGAUGUAUAAUAAACUGAAGGCAGAACACGAUGCCGUCCUGGCAGAGAAAGCGGAGAAAGACAGCAGGCCAAUCACGGUCACUCUGCCCGAUGGCAAGCAGGUCCCUGCGGAAUCCUGGAAGACGACGCCGUAUCAGAUCGCUUGUGGGAUUAGUCAGGGCCUGGCCGACAACACCGUUGUUGCUAAAGUGAACAAGGUGGUCUGGGACCUCGACCGUCCUCUGGAGGAAGACUGUACUUUGGAGCUUCUCAAGUUUGAGGAUGAGGAGGCUCAGGCGGUAUAUUGGCACUCGAGCGCUCACAUAAUGGGGGAAGCCAUGGAGAGAGUCUACGGCGGGUGUUUGUGUUAUGGUCCACCGAUAGAAAGUGGAUUCUAUUAUGACAUGUACCUUGGAGAAGGGGGUGUGUCCAGUAAUGAUUUCUCCUCUUUAGAGACUUUGUGUAAGAAAAUCAUUAAAGAAAAACAAGCAUUUGAAAGGCUGGAAGUUAAGAAGGAAACUCUGUUGGAAAUGUUUAAGUACAACAAGUUCAAAUGCCGGAUAUUGAAUGAAAAAGUGAGCACUCCAACCACCACAGUCUACAGGUGUGGGCCCUUGAUUGACCUCUGCCGGGGUCCUCACGUCAGACACACCGGCAAAAUCAAGGCCUUGAAAAUACACAAAAAUUCCUCCACCUACUGGGAAGGGAAAGCGGAUAUGGAGACCCUCCAGAGGAUUUAUGGCAUUUCAUUCCCAGACCCUAAAAUGCUGAAAGAGUGGGAGAAGUUCCAAGAGGAAGCUAAAAACCGAGAUCAUAGGAAAAUUGGGAGGGACCAGGAACUAUAUUUCUUCCAUGAACUCAGCCCUGGAAGUUGCUUUUUCCUGCCGAAGGGAGCAUACAUUUAUAACACACUUAUGGAAUUCAUCAGGAGUGAAUACAGGAAGCGAGGGUUCCAGGAGGUGAUCACCCCGAACAUCUACAACAGCCGACUGUGGAUGACCUCGGGCCACUGGCAGCACUACAGCGAGAACAUGUUCUCCUUCGAGGUGGAGAAGGAGCAGUUUGCUCUGAAGCCCAUGAACUGCCCGGGACACUGCCUUAUGUUUGACCAUCGCCCAAGAUCCUGGCGAGAGCUGCCUCUGCGGCUAGCCGAUUUUGGGGUGCUCCACAGGAACGAGCUGUCGGGAGCACUCACGGGACUCACGCGGGUGCGGAGGUUCCAGCAGGACGACGCCCACAUAUUCUGCGCCAUGGAGCAGAUUGAAGAUGAAAUAAAAGGUUGUUUGGAUUUUCUGCGUACCGUGUAUAGCAUAUUUGGAUUUUCUUUCAAAUUGAACCUGUCUACUCGCCCGGAAAAAUUCCUUGGAGAUAUUGAAGUCUGGAAUCAGGCUGAGAAACAACUGGAAAACAGUCUGAAUGAAUUUGGUGAAAAGUGGGAGUUAAACCCUGGAGAUGGCGCUUUCUAUGGUCCCAAGAUCGACAUUCAGAUCAAAGAUGCCAUCGGCCGGUACCACCAGUGCGCGACAAUCCAGCUGGACUUCCAGUUGCCCAUCAGGUUUAAUCUUACCUUUGUAAGCCAUGAUGGUGACGAUAAAAAACGGCCAGUGAUUGUCCAUCGAGCCAUCCUGGGAUCAGUGGAAAGAAUGAUUGCUAUCCUCACCGAAAACUACGGGGGCAAAUGGCCCUUCUGGCUGUCUCCUCGCCAGGUGAUGGUGGUCCCCGUGGGACCAACGUGUGACGACUAUGCCCAAAAGGUGCAGCAGCAGUUCCACGACGCCGGCCUCAUGGUGGACGUCGACCUGGACCCGGGCUGCACGCUGAACAAGAAGAUCAGGAACGCACAGCUGGCGCAGUACAACUUCAUCCUGGUCGUCGGCGAGAAGGAGAAGACCAGCGGCACCGUGAACAUCCGCACGAGAGACAACAAGGUGCACGGGGAGCGCACGGUGCCCGAAACCGUCGCGCGGCUGCUGCAGCUCCGGCAGUCCCGCAGCAAGCAGGCGGAGGAAGAAUUCUAACGAGGGCCGGGCGCGACUGGCUCAGUGGAGAAGGAAGAGCGGUUUCUCCACGACGUCCACUCUGUCCCCCGGGAAACGUUAAUGUGUACUGAACUCGGACUAGUCUGGCCGAGUCUGCAUGGGUGGCUGCAGGGGUGAGCAGUUUUUGGCCUGGACAGGUGUCAGAUGAGGUGUAUCUGAAGGAGAUAAUUACGAGAGACACGUUAAAAUGAUUUUAUCCCUUAAUUAUCUGAGCACUGGAAAUAAACCAUGGGGAAUGCUUCACUGUGAUAAGGGAUGACAUUUUUGUGAAUUUCAUGCAGUUGAAAAAUAAAAGUUUUCAAAUUUGAUUGG